GACUUCAGGGCAGCAGUGUUGGAGGCGGUGGGGGAGGAUGGGAACCUGUGGUGGAGGAACAGAGGCUGGGGGAGAUACUGGGCACUCUCCCUGAGGUCUACAUACUCCACAGCAACAUCCUCACCGAGCUGGAUGCACGCAUCAGACAGUGGGAAGAGAGCCAGCAAGUGGUGGAUGUUAUCCUGUCUCGUCAGGAGGAGUUUGCUGUGUUCGCUACCUACAUCUCUAAGUACGACCGCAGCAUGUCCCUACUGGCAGAGAGCUGUAAACUCAACCCUGCCUUCCAUGACAUCGUCAAGCAGUUUGAG